AUGGAUUCGUAUGAAGAGUCCAAUGUACCCUUCUUGCAGGAUCUCAAGGAUGUUUCCAUCGAAAGAGGCCUGACCCGUGAAACGCCGGUUUCGAAAUCCAAGAAGCUUCUCUGGUUGACCUUUUGCGCCUUUGUCCUCAUCGUGUCCAACGCAUUCACAUUUUAUGGUGCUCGAGUUUACCGACAUAGUCAAUUAGACAGGGUGUGCACCGCUCAUACCUCACAGACCUGGAGUCCCGUUGAGCAGGACGUGGAAAUCCAUUACAACAGCAGGCGGUUCAACGCGUCUUUCUACAAGGAGUCCAUCUAUCGACAGCCCGCGAGUCCCGAAGUCGACGCCGCGUGGGAGGAGCUGGGCACUGAACUCAAAGGCAUUGUCCUAUCGGUCGACGAGGCCAAAAGGUCUGGAUUAGAGUUGGACCGUGUUAUGGUGGGAGAGGACUAUGGAGGACCCGGAUAUGUGGCCUUUGUCGAAGUAACACACCAGAUCCACUGUUUGAAUCUUUUGCGCCGCGGCCUUUGGUUCAACUACGAGUACUACAUGUCCAAUAAUAUUGCUGAGUUCGCCGAUGGGGAGAGCAUCGUCAAACUCCAUAUAGGGCACUGCCUCGACACACUCCGCCAAGCUCUCAUGUGUAGCUCUGACACGGGCCUCCUUCCCUUCGUCUGGGUUGGGAACCCUCCGAAACAAUUCCCCGACUUCUUCCGCGAACACAAAUGCCGGAACUUCGAACCGAUAUUGGACUUUGCAAAGAGAAGGGAGGUGAAAGCGUUGGAACACAUGAAAGCGGUCCCGCAUAAGGGAGCUUUGAUCCUGGACGACUUUCCCUGA